AAUUUUUAGUGGUUUGCAGUCAAGACCACUGAAGUGACUUUUUUCUUUUUUUCUCCUGGACUUUGCAUUUUAUGUUUUGUUGUUAUCCUUGCCUGUUUCUCCUCCUUACAUUCCCUUGACACUUGUCCCUGCCUUUGGAGGAUGAGAUAAGCAGAGAACUCUGUCCCUGUGAAGUCAAGGAGCAGAACAUGUCUGCACAAAGAGGGCCAGAGCAAGAAUCAAACCUCUCCUGGGCAGGCAGGUGUGGGAGAGCUCCUUUGUUGCAGGUUGCUUUCUGGAGUGCCAUCAGUGGGGUUUUGUCACUGUAGUGACAAGGAUAAUUAGAAGCAGAUUUCUUUCUUUUUCAUUUUUUUUUCCUUUUUUUUUCUUGGAGUCACCAUGCUGCAGCAAAUUUUGCGUGAUAUGUAUAUUGACCCUGAGCUCUUGGCAGAGCUGAAUGAAGAGCAAAAGCAGAUCUUGUUCUACAAAAUGAGAGAAGAGCAGCUGAGGCGCUGGAAGGAGAGGGAAGAAAAAGCCCGACUGGAGGAGGCUGUGCUGAGAAAGACAGCGAGGCGCAACCAGAGUAACGGCAAACGCGUGCAGUGGCUGCGUGGGAAGGAUGGCGAGGUCUGGGUCUGGGUGAUGGGAGAAGGCCCAGGUGACAAGCCCUACGAGCAGAUAUCCGAGGAGCUCAUAGCAGAGAGAGCCAGGCAGCAGGCACAGAGGGAGGCAGAAGAACUAUGGAGACAAAAGGAAGCUGAAAUUACAAAGAAAUUCCGGGAUGCUAUGGCUCAAGAAAAAGCCCGAAUAGUGGCAGAAAAAUGGAAAAUAGAAACAGAGGAUCGGAAAGCAGCCAAAUUGGAGGAAGAAAAAAUUCAGGAGGAAUUAAAGAAAAGAGAAGAAGAGGAAAGACAAAAGGGUGAAGAACAAAUCAGGCAGCAGGAAGAAAUCCGAGCACAGGAGUUGUAUCUGAGCCUCAAGCAAGCUCAGCAGCAUAGUCAGCACAGCGACGAUGACCAGGAGUGGGAAGAACAGUUGCGCCGCUCCAAGGCCGCAGACGAGGAGAGAAGCCACAAAGCGCGCAGGGCGCGGGAUGAAUAUCGACGGCAAUCCCUGCGUGCCAUCCAGAAGGGAAGAGUGGCUGGCCUGAGUAACUUGUUCCAGGGGACGAGCCUCAACAACGACCAGGAGACAAAACUGAACAACAAUAGUUCAAGUCCUUUGCUAUGUCUCUCUGCAGCGUCCAGUAACAUCUGGGAGCGUCCGUGCCGACCCUUCUCCCGAGAUGUCAUCAUCCGCUGGUUCAAAGAAGAGCAGAUCCCUCGACGUGCUGGAUUCGAGAGGAACACCAACAGGAUUGCUCAGUGGUUUCAUGGUAUUAUCAGCCGUCAGGAGGCAGAGGAGUUGUUGAUGAAUAAGUCUGAAGGCACAUUCCUGGUGCGAGUCAGUGAGAAAAUCUGGGGCUACGCGUUGUCUUAUCGCCAGCAGAGCGGCUUCAAGCAUUUCCUGGUUGAUGCUUCAGGGGAUUUCUACAGCUUCUUGGGGGUAGAUCCAAACCGACACGCAACACUCACAGAUCUGAUCGAUUUUCACAAGGAAGAAAUCAUCACAUCAUCCGGUGGGGAGCUACUACUGGAGCCAUGUGGACAGCAGAAGAAUCCACCAGACUACAGUCCUUUAUUUGAAUAACUGAUCCAGGACUAACAGGGAUGCAUUCUGGAUAACUGUAGUAAUAAAUAGCUACAAAAGUAAACAC